UUUCAAUCGGCCUGGUUGCAAAAUUGAAGGAUCAGGAGGCCUCUAAUGGGAUCUAGGGGCCGUGUUCCGCCUCUAUGCAGGACACGGAGAAUGCUGCACAGGGGCAAGGUUGUAGCAUGGGGUGACCCAGACCGCGCUCAGUCUUAUAUUAUACCUUCUGUUGUUCUCUUGAACUUCAUCCUGUGUUAGAGCCGUUGCUCUUCUCAAGAUCUUAUACCGUCGCUUUGCUGAACCAUCUAGAAACCCCUACGAGCCGUUAAAAUGGGGCUUGUCUUCAAUAUUGCCCUCGCGGUUUUUGCUGCGACAGGCUCAUUCCUCUUUGGAUAUGACUCUGGUGUAAUGACAGACGUCAUCCAAUCGCCCAACUUUCUCGGUUUCUUCAAUACCAAUCCAGACACUGCCAUCAUUGGAGCAAUCAACUCUACGUUCUCCGGAGGAGCCGUCUUUGGAGCCUUGAUGGGGGGUCUCACUAUGGAUCGCUUUGGACGAAGAAUGACCAUUCUGAUCGGAGCAGCCAUCAAUCUUUUAGGAGCAUGUCUACAAUGUGGUGCGCAAAAUCUCGCAAUGAUUCUCGUUGGGCGGAUUUUGGCUGGCUGGGCUAUUGGCUUGCUGUCCAUGUCUGUUCCCGUAUAUCAGUCGGAAUGCGCCCAUCCAAAAACCAGAGGACUUAUUGUUGGCCUUACCCAGCAAAUGAUCGGUGUUGGCUUUAUUGUUUCUACGUGGGUCGGGUAUGGCUCUUCUAAGGUACCCGAGACGAGUGCAUUCUCAUGGCGCUUUCCUCUCGGUUUUCAGGGCAUACCAUGCGCCAUGUUAAUUGCUGGAAUCCUCUUCUUCCCAGAGUCUCCCCGGCAUCUGAUUGAGACUGAUCGCUCCGAUGAAGCUAUGAGAGUUUUACGAAAGCUUCAUUACAAUGGCCAAAACGAUGAUUGGAUUCAAUCGGAGUUCAACGAAAUCAAGCUUACAAUUGAGGCUGAGAGGGCGAUCACAGCUCCAGGGUGGCGAAUCAUGUUUACGGUUAAGACAUGGAGGACGCGGCUUAUGCACGCUGUCCUCAUUCAGGUUUUUACACAAAUGACUGGGAUCAACGUCAUUGGAUAUUACCAAACACUUAUGUAUAACAACCUUGGGAUAACCGGUGAUCGGGCUCUCCUCGUUACGGGUAUUUAUAAUGUUGUCGGACCAGUCUUCAAUUUCUUCUUCAUCACCGUUCUCCUCGACCGAGUCGGUCGAAAGAAGCCACUUCUCAUUGGCACUGUGGGGAUCACGAUCGCUUUAGUCUGCGAAGCUAUUAUAGGAUCUCAGAUAGAGCAUGCGACCGGCUCUCGAAAGGACAGCCUAUCUAUCGCGGGCGUAUUCUUCCUUUUCUGUGUCUCCUGCAUCUUCAGCUGCUCCUUCGGGCCCAUCAGCUGGGUUUAUGCAUCGGAGAUUAUGCCAUUCCAGAUUCGAGGUCGUGGAUCAGCUUUUGCAACCGGUAUUGGAAAUUGGCUCGUUAGCACAGUCUGGUCUCAGGUCUCGCCAAUCGGGCUCGGUCAUAUCACAUACAAGUUUUACUUCAUUUUCGUGGCCUUCAACAUAUGUGUCACGUUCCCUACCAUUUUCUUCAUUUUCAAGGAGACAACGAAGUUGACUCUCGAAGAAAUUGAUUUGCUUUUCGGAGAGCGCGCAUUAGGGACGCUACCGGAGGAUCUAGACGCCAAGGAAUUAGCUAAGGGGACAGAUCCGGAGCGCCAGAUUUCUCUCCAUGAGAUGCAUGAUGAGACGCACUAGCCAGAAAUUUAUGUGGAGUAAUUCAGAAGCCUCAGAAGAUAGUCAACAUCGCCUUAUA